UGGGGCAGUUCGGGGCGCUCGCACCUUCAGUCAGUACUUUGUCCGGAUCGGUUUCAGGAUGGAUGUCCGAAUCGCAGUUAUUGGGCUAUUGGCAGCGUGUGGACUGAGCUCCUCCACCAGCGAGAAGGACCUGGAAGUGGUGUACCAAUGGCCACUCCUCUCCUGGGCGGUUCCUCCAGGCUACCCCAGCGACCAGGACUUCCAGGCAGACAGGGCCUUCUUCAACAGCAUUGAGGUGGGCUGGGACCGCAUCUUCCUCACUACCCCUAGGAUCUGGAAAGGCAACCCAGCCACCCUCAACUGGAUCCCGAGGCCAAAGGUUCAGCUACCAUCCGAGCCCUCUCCGCCCCUACAGGCCUACCCUAGUUGGGAGUGGCAUGCAGAUGCUGUGACAGGGAACACAGGCAACUGUACUGGCUUUGUGUCUAUCUUCCGUGCUAGAGCUGACAGAUGCAACAGGCUAUGGGUAUUAGACUCAGGUGUCCUCGAUUCUUUGGUCACCUUUACUGUGGCAUGUCCACCUAAACUUGUUAUCUUUGAUAUGAGUACUGAUCAACCGUUGAGAAUCGUUACUCUUCCAAGAGAUGUUCUCAGGCCUAACUCUCUACUUUCAAAUCUGGUACUUGAUGAACAGAGUGCACCAGGUGGUUAUGGAUGUGAUGAUACAUUUGUCUAUAUGAGUGAUACUACUAAUCCAGGAAUUGUUGUGUACGAUUUUGCUAAAGAUCAAGCUUGGAGACUGCAACAUCCAUUCAUGUUUCCUGAUCCUAUGUUCGGCACAUAUAAGGUAGCUGGGGAGUCGUUUACACUCAUGGAUGGAAUCCUUGGAAUGAGCCUAUCAGGUGGCACUGGACCACAAGAAAGGCAACUUUUCUUCCAACCCUUUGCUUCUGACAGGUUACUUUCUAUUCCAACUUCAGUCCUCCAGGCUGGACCCAAUCCAGGGGAUGAUGGAGAAUUACCAGUUACAUUGGCUGGCACAAAGUCAUCACAGGCUGCAGGCCUAGCUACAGAUCCUAGGGAUGGAGCACUCAUAUUCAGCCCCAUUUCUGAGACAGCUAUUGCAUCAUGGAUACCGGGAACUGCUGAUUACAAGGUUAUAUCAUACAGUCCAGAACUUCUGCAAGUUGUACUUGACUUCAGGCCAGCUGAUAGAGACAGUGGUAAUAUUUGGCUGUUGAGCACUAGAAUGCAGAAAUUCUUCAGAAGAACAAUCAAUCCAGAAGAAACUAAUUUAAGGGUUAUGAGGCUCAUACCAACGCAAGAUGUGUUCAAUAACACUUUAUUGUAUUACUAAAUGAAAAACUGUUGCUUUGUCUUUGUUGAAAUAAAAAUUCUGUGGCCAUUUAAAUAAAUAUCAUAAAUAUGACCUAUUAAUAAAUAUAAAACUGAAUAUUAAAAAUGAUUAAGGCAUAAAACUGAAUUUAAUCAAGCUCUAAUUAGGAUAGAGAUCAUUGUGAAAUCAAAAUAAAUGUGCCACUUGUAAAUGUCAAAUGAAUGCUGGAAUAUUUAGACCUAUUUUGUAAAAACAUAAAACAUAGUUAUGCAGCUUAUGAUUUGAUAAGUUAUACUUAUUAAGCUUUGGAAUUGAUAUGAUUUUAUCAAAAGACACAUCACUAUCAUAAGUUUGCAGAUUUUAGAUGGAAAAUAUGGGCUUAAAAUUUUUAAUAUUGAAAACUGCAUAAUAAUUCAUAGGAACCACUGACUGAUAUAAUAAAAAAGUGAAUCAGCUUAUUUUUCCAGAUAUUUAACUUAUUGAAAAUUGUC